AUGGACGAACAAAAAAGAUUAAGAAAUCAAAUUUUACCAUUAAUCGAGAAAAAAUAUAAUAGUUGGAUGAAAGACUCCUUGUCUGGAUAUGUUAAUGUUAAUCAAACUGAUGUUGAUGAAGCUCAAAAAAUGUGGAGUGAUUUUUUAAUUCAAAAAAAUAUUAAAAGUAUUGAAGAUAAUGCAAUGAUCUCAGCAUGGCUUUCAGAAAAAUUGUAA